GGGAAAGUCCACAAAAACUCAAUCCAUCAGAAAAGCAAAGACCAGAGAGAAAUAAGAAGAAAGAGGAUAACACAACAAGAAUAACAGCAGCCACUGCAAAAAGCAGAGGACAGAUCCAUGGCGGUUUCAGUUUCAGCAGCCACUGCCAGAGCCACAGCCUUCCAUCUGCAGCCAUCUUCUUCAUCUUCAUCUUACACCCCUUCAUUCAACCCUAACCAGUCCCUCCGGCUCCGAUCACCCUCCCGCCGCACACUAUUAAUAGCUCAAGCCCAAUCCGAGCACCGCCAAACAUGGCUCCCCGGCCUCGACCCCCCACCGCAUCUCGACGGAACGCUUGCCGGCGAUUUUGGAUUCGACCCACUUGGGCUUGGCGAGGACCCACAUAGCUUGAAGUGGUACGUUCAAGCAGAGCUUGUUCAUUCUCGCUUCGCCAUGCUCGGCGUCUCUGGAAUUCUUCUCACAGAUUUGCUUCGUGUUACAGGGAUCAGUGAAUUGCCGGUUUGGUACAAUGCGGGUGCUGUUGAAUAUGGAUUUGCAAACAAAGAAACUCUCUUCAUUGUUCAGCUGCUGUUGAUGGGGUUUGUGGAAACCAAAAGGUAUAUGGAUUUCAAAAGCCCUGGAUCUCAAGCACAAGAAGGAACUUUCUUUGGAUUAGAAGCUGCUUUUGAAGGUCUCGAGCCCGGAUAUCCUGGGGGUCCUCUGCUGAAUCCUCUUGGCAUUGCAAAAGAUAUCAAGAAUGCCCAUGAAUGGAAACUCAAGGAGAUUAAGAAUGGACGGCUUGCGAUGGUCGCCAUGCUCGGGAUCUUUGUGCAAGCUUAUGUUACUCAUACAGGACCAAUAGAUAACCUUGUGGAGCACCUUUCUAAUCCAUGGCACAAGACUAUUAUCCAAACCCUUUCAAGCUGAAGUCCUUAAAGAAAAAGAUGAGAGUCUCUUUACUCAAUGAGCAAAAUAUAACAUGACAUUGGAGAUUUAUUAGCCAAAAUGAGUAUAGAUGAAAGAACAAAUGACCUUGUAAUAUGAUUUGAUCAAUACGACCGAAUUUCCCUCGA